AAUAUCAAUGCUUAAUAUUGACGAUAGUGUGUGGAUGUGUGAUCAAAAUCCAAAAAUUCAUAACUUCAUAACGAUGACUUAACCAAAUACUAAAAUACGAUAUUAUAUUAUACUAUUUGGUCUAACACAGUAACGUGAAAGACUGACAACAGUACCAGAAUUUAACACAGAAAUCAGUAUAAUACCUAAUAAUUGUUGACUUUUCGUCGAUUGUUAUCAAUUUUUGUCGUAGGUACGAGACAAAAUCUUUAAAAAUCUUUUUAUAGAUCUUGGGCACGAGACGCUGACUAUUUUAAUCGGCCACAAAUUAACAAAUCAAUUUAAUUUAAAAUACGGGCAUACACGGCUUGGUCAAAACGGAAAACAAUCGGUAAUUAUCUUUAAAAGCAGUACUUCGCUUACUGAAUUUUUUUUCAUACACUGCAUACUUUGUUCUAAUGAUUUUUUUUAAUUUCCCAAAGGAAGUAUUUAUGUAUGAUACUGCUCUAGGGGCAAUGAUUUAAAUAUUUGUAUACUUACCUUUUUAUGAUUUUAUAUGAUAAAAUUACGAAAACUUUUCAUUCAAUUCAAGUACCUCUACGGCUCUACUUAUCUGUUGGAACAAGGCCCAACACUCGAACUGAAAUUGUAGUAUCUAAUGUUGGUACCUCAAUUUUUGGAUUUAUUAAUUUGUUUGUUUGCGUUUCAAAUUCUUUGAUCAGUUUAUAAAGGAAUCGUUUUCGACAUGUCGGCAGAUGAAGUAGAAUCGGAAAUUCAUUUCAUGAAAACUUAUGGUAUAAUGAAAUGGGACGAACUAAUAAUGUUAAAUGAUGAUCGUAAAUCACUCAACCAGAAAAUUGCACUUGGGUUGGCCACCAAAGAGGAAUUGUUGAAGCAAAUAAAAGUCGAAUUAAAUAUGUUGGAUACAUGUCAACUUAAAAUUGAUCAAGAAAUGAAAGAAAAUGACACAGAGUAUAUCAACACUGAAAUACUUACCAUUUUAUCAAAUCGUAUCAAUGAUAUGUACAACUGUAUGUUUCUACUGUUUCCUGUUGAAAAGACUUCACUAUCAGAAUAUAUUGAAUUCUGCUCAAAUAAUACAUUAUUUAUUACUAAAUGUAGUAACAUGUUGAAUACACUUAUGUUGAGAUACCAUAGUGAUCCUGAAGUAUAUAUAACUGCAGCGACAUAUGAAUUUGAUGAUCGAAAUGAUGUUGAAUCAGCUAGACAAUAUUUCACAGAAGGAUUAAAAUAUCACAAAAAUUGUAAGAGCUUAUACGUAGAAGAGUUCUGGGUAGAAGUACAACAUUUAGAAAAGACUGCAGGUGCCUCACUUCCAAUUGCCAUUGGAAAAUAUAGAAACCUCAUAAAACGUUUUGAAGGUGAUAUUGAAUUUCAUUUUAUAUUACUGGACAGAGCAAUAAAAUUAAGUGCAGUUAGAGAACUUCAAUGUAAUAUUGUCAGAGAUAUGGUCAGAAAGUAUAGACAUAGUGAACUAAUGUGGCAAAAAUUAGCUAAAAUUCAUUUUGAUGGUUUUAUCUAUCAUCGAGAAACUGAGCAAUUACAUUAUGAUAAAAAUUAUAUUAGUGGUAUUAGAAACUGCAUUAAAACAUAUGAAGACGGAUUAAAAGAAAAUUUACCAUUAAAAAAUAAACAUAAGUUAUGGAACUUUUAUAUUGAUCAUAUUAUAGAAAUACGGAAAUCUUAUCGCAUGAAAAAAGAAACAAUAAGAAAUUUUAUGAAUGAAACAAUGGAGCGAGCCUUUCAAGAAGCACACAAUAACAAAGCAUUACAUAAAUCUGAACAUUACAUUUAUUGGGUACAUUUUCAUAAAGUAUUACUAUUUAAUACAAAAAUCGUUUGUUUGUUUAUUUUUAUUCAGGCUAAAAACACAAAUAUAGAAUGUCAUAGUGUUCUGAGAAAAGGAGUUGAAGUGAUAGAAGAUAGUGUAGAACUUUGGAUUACUUUAAUAUCAUAUUAUUUAAGCUACGACAGUCUUGAAAUGGCCAUUGAAGCUUUUCAAGCAGGUGUUCGGGCUUUAGCAAACAAAUCAAUGCCUUUAUGGAAAAUUCUAAUUUUAUAUUUGGGGAACACUCAUCCAAAAUUGCUCCAACAAUUAUAUCAUGAAGGCUCACAUUUUCCAUUCCCAGACAUUAAUUUUGUAAUCAGGCCUGAAUAUUUGGAAUGGAGUGUAGUUCACAAUGGAAUACUUUCAACUCGUGAAUUAUUCGUUGAACUUAGAGACAUACAACCAGAAUGCAAACAGUUGUAUACAACCAUGAUUUCAUUGGAACUCACUCAGAACUCUGGUAUUACUAAAUUGAAAACUAUAAGAAAACUGUAUAACGAUGUAUGCAAUACUUUUGGCCAGACUGACAUUGGAGUGUGGUCUGACUGCAUUCGUUUUGAAUACAAGUAUGGUUCUCAUAAAUUAGUGAAAGAAAUCUAUAAUGCAUCAUUGCUGUGUUUAGAACCAGAUUUUAGGAAUAGUAUGACGAAAGAGUUUGAAAAACUUAAGGAGGAAUUUAUGGAAGACAAUCCUAAAGAUGGAGGAGUUAUUGUUAUUGAUGAUGACGAAUAAUUUUAUAGUUAGGAAAAAAAUUACAUAGGUGUGUAUUUAUUUUAUUUAUAUUCAUGUUCUAAGUAAUUUGUAAACUUAUUUUUUUUUUUUUUUAUGCCUGUGAUAUUAUGUUGUGUUAAGUCUCUUUAUUAUUUAUAGUUAUUUUUAUUUAAUUUUUAAGUGACAUAAGCAAAAACAAAAUGAUAUUGAUUUCUAUGUUAAUAUUAUAUUAAUAAAUACUACAAUGCAACAAUUGUGUAACAUCCAGUUGUUUGAACAAAUCACUACUAUUUCAGUGGCGUAUAAAGGGGGAGACCCCUAGGCCAGAGCCCAUAGGGAAAUACUGAAAUUGCAGGUUCAAUUAGUAUUGCAUGUAUGUCUAAUGUCUAUUAUCUACACUAUUUACAGUUUUUCACCAUAAUUAAUUUAGCUGGUUGAUUAAAAUUGUGUUUAAGGAAUUAACAAGGAAAUGUUAAAUUGUCAGGACUUGCUUUGAUGACUUUGAUGUUAAAUCCAUAGUAAGAUAUUAGAUAAAAUUUAAAUAUAUAUAUGUAUAUAUGAAAUUGUCAGUAUUUAAAAAAAUUAAUUUUACAUAAUAAUUAUAAAAUAAAAUUGCGCAAUUUUUAUUUGUAUUGUAUAUGUCAUAAUUAUAACCACCCAUAGUAAGGUAUGUUAUGAAAUAAUUAUGAGAGUAAGAUCAUAUAAUUCAUAAUAUUAUUAUUAUGAAUUAUGAGGCACAAUAUAUUAUUUAUAAAAUAUUUAAAUUUUUAGAUACUAGUUAUUAUAAAGUAAUGUAAAUAUCACGUUAUAUUAGUAACUUCUAAAAUCUAAAUGUUAGAACUAUUAUAACAAAAAAAUACUGCAAAGAUGUUAUAAAACUUUUUGUAGCAAAAUCGCAAUUAAAAAAUGAAAGCGAGAUUCAUGGUUUUACCAUUUUAUCAACAAUAGAUAAUUAUUUCAAAAAAAAAAGUCGGACAGUGAAAUGGAAUUUAUAUUAAAACUGUAAAUGUGAUUAUUCAAAUGUUGUAUAUUUAAUUGUAAUUUAACAUUUACCUUAACUUUCUUGAAAUUCGAAGUGCAAUUGUAGCAGUCUAUGUAUAACAAAAUGUGUCCAUAACCAAUGGUGAU